CACCUCUCACAACUCGCACCAUCCCACAAACACACAAAACACUCCUCUCCUCUCUCUCGCUUUAGCCACUGAAGCCUCUCUCAUCAACCCCUUAGGGUUUCUUUUGUUUUCUUGAAAGAAAGAGGGAGAGAAGAUGGCCUCUUCAAAAAGCUCUGCUUCUGUAGCCCUCUUCCUCGCCCUCAACCUCCUCUUCUUUGCCCUAGUCUCCUCCUGUGGGACUUGCCCUAGCCCAAAGCCCAGGCCCAGGCCCAGGCCAACCCCAAGCCCAAGCCCGUCCACGGCUUCAUGCCCUAGGGAUGCCCUGAAAUUGGGGGUGUGCGCUGAUGUGCUAGGGAGCCUGCUCAAUGUGACUGUGGGCACACCCCCAGUGACCCCUUGUUGCUCUCUCCUCAAUGGCCUCGUGGACCUUGAAGCUGCGGUUUGCCUUUGCACUGCCAUUAAGGCCAACAUUCUGGGCAUCAAUCUCAAUAUCCCACUCUCUCUCAGCUUGCUCCUCAAUGUUUGCAGCAGGACCGUUCCUCCCGGCUUCCAAUGUGCCUAAAUUAUAAGAAAGACACACCUCUAUUUAUGCUUAUGUUUUGGUUUCAAUUGUUGGUUGUAACACAUUGUGCUUUUUAGGAAAAGUUUCUGUGCGUGUGUGUGUGUUUGGGGGCCAGUGCAAGUGGUGGCAACUUUUUGUUUCCAUGUAUUGUUCUUGUUGGGUUUGUGGGGGCCGGUUCCAGAAGGAAUAAUUUACAGCUUUCAUUUAUGAUGUUUUAUGAUGUAAUUUGAUAAGAAGUGGGUAAUUAUCAGUCUUCCUUCUUUGUAGAAA